GUCAGUGGCUACCAAAAAGGGGCAAUUUAUUAAAUGGCGGAAGCAAAAGAUUUUUAAAUCUUCACAUUGGAGUCAAGAAGUAUGAAAUUGAAUGAGAGAUUACUGGCUAAAUUCGCCACGGAUUCUAUGUCUUCAGAUCAAGAGGGUUUCCUGCUGAAAAAGGGGGAAGUAAAUAAAGGAUUUCAAAAACGUUUUUUUGUCCUGCGCGGGAACCUGAUGUUUUAUUCUGAAAAGGCGGGCAGCGAACCUAUCGGUGUUAUAAUUCUUGAUAACUGUCGGAUUGAACUUUGUCAUGUAGAGAACUCAAUGUUUGCAUUUCAGAUUGUGUUCGAUGGGGUAGGAACUCGGACCUAUGUUUUGGCUGCAGAGACGGAAGAUUCAAUGAGAGCAUGGAUGAGAAAACUAACACAUGCAAGUCAUAUUUGUAUUAAGUCGGUUGUGAAUGACUUAGAGAAACGGCUUGCAGAUUUAAAAGAAAAGGAAGGAAGCAUAGAGGCAGAGGAAGAAUCGUCAUCAGAGUCGGACUCUAAAUCAGAUAACAACAAUGACCAGCCCACAACAUCUACAGAUUAUCAUUCACUGGCACUCCCAAAACCACCAAGUAAUGCUUUACGACGAUCGAAUAAGUCGAAAACAUUGCCUGUUAAACGUAAUAAAAGCAAACAAGCUACUUCUUUGAAUAAUCCUGGUUUUAAUCGAUAUAGUUUGUCAACUCCAGCAAAAACAACUUUAGAUGGCGCAAAGUCAUUCGACUUUGAUAAUUAUGUAGAUUUCUCAGAAAGGACAGACUUUUUAUGUGAGGACAUUUCACAGCCUGGUCGGCAUUACAGUAUGACGGCGUUUACUCCACCAUCUUUCUCAGAACUAAAAAACCAUGAACAAAUAGAGGACCAGAACUUAAUCGAUCUAUCGCCACCUGAUGGAGAACCUCCAAUGGAAAGAAGAAUUGAUACUAUUAGAUUGAAUGAGAGGUUUAGUGGUAGCAGACGUGCAAAAUCCGAACGAAAUCGCAAUUUGCGCAGUGGACAUUCAGGGUUGAAAAGGGAUCUUGGGGGUUCCCUUUAUAGCCAGAAAAAACACCCCUCGGAUAACGUGGACUCAGUGGAAGAAAAUCGGGAGUCCACAUUUCAGCAUCUGCAUCGACUUUGGGGGGCUACAAUUUGGGUGAAAGUUCGUGAAUAUGAACUACAACACUCUCAGCCAGAAGCAGAAAAUAGCUCAUAAAUAAAACAUAUUAAUUGCUAUAAGAAUGUAAUAUUAUUAUGUAUAAA